AGUGAUUAAUGGAGCAUUAUAGAAGAAGCAAGAUAAGGAGUGUGUUCUAUGACCAGUUCUAGAACACAUUAAAACACAUUCAGACUGGACUGAGACGGUUCCUCCUAAACUUUCAUCCAGACCUCCACUAUGACCGUCCUUAAUACCCUCUUAUUUGGGUUAUUGCUUGCAGUUUGUACUACUGCCCAAAAAGAUGGAUCUCGAGCAUCAUCAAGUUCCAAAGUAUUUCAGCCAUGGCUGUUGGGUCUGACAGCAACAGUGGUGUUCCUUUUCCUUGUUUUUUCAUUGAUGAUAAUAAAUAGACUAUUCUGCAAGAAGAAAAAGAAUGAGUUUGAGGAGGAAAACAAAGAAAGAGUUACCAUGAACGUCUAUGAUAAUGUUAUACUUGACGACGAAGAAACAGCCACUGACAAGAAAAUAGUAACGGAGGAAAUGAAGAAGGCUAAGUGGGACAAUGAAAAAGAGGAACAGAAAAUCACCGCUAUGUGAUGCCGCAGCCAAGUCCAAUAAAUGAAAGCAUCUUAUUUGCUGGUGUGUCAUAUAAAAUGUUCUUGUAGGGACAGAACUAAUAAACGUUCUCCCUCUUGUCUGUUUCAGGCUGUGUUUAGCAUUAGAACUGCAAUCAGAUCCAUUUUCCGCAUUUAGCUUCUCAAUUUCACCAUAUUGCUUUCACCCAUAACACAGUCUAUCAUGAAUUUACGCAGUCCUUUGCCUCUAAAUUGCUCAAAACAAGUUCAAUUCAAUAAAUAUCAAAACUGACAAAUCAAAUAAC